AUGGAAGACAAAAGCAGAGGACAAGCAAGCACAGGCGCGCAAAAGGAAAACAACAAGCAGAAGUCAGUCCGUGAUGAUGCCAUGUUUGUCAACGCUCGAGCACUGGCGCAUUGUCCGUGCCACUAUCCAUGGAAAGGGAAGCCUAGCAACAACCGUGCUGCUGCCGUUCCCAGCUGGACGUCCUACCCCUUUGGACCAGGGGUCGACUCGGAGGAGGUGCCCAUCACCGCAAGGAGAAAGCCCAUCGCCGCAGGGAGAGGGUUCAUCGCAGCAAGGGGAAGGCCCAUCGCCACAAGGAGAGGGGGUGGGUGUUACAAGGCGGAAGAGCUGUCUGUCGAGCGAUCCAGCAGCGAGGUCGAUUGA